CACCAGCAAAAGAUCCAAGAUGACAACACCCCUAUUAUUCCUCCAAGGGGUUCCUUCUAACAAAGAAAUAAGGUUGUCAAACUUCACCCAGAAGCGUGAGCAUACAGUAGUUAUCAAUCUUAGGGUUUGCCCCCUGACUAUCCCUAAAGCAAGUUUUAUUGCCUUUGUGUUUGAAAUGUGCCAUGCCUUACUAUUGUUGUGUGUGAGCCGCAAGAUGCAGGUGUAGUUUUAUUUAGGGAUAUGUAUCAGGUAACUCUACCCCUCCUUUAACCCCUCCCUCUUGCUCUUUCAGGAAGUUGACAUCAGGCAGAUAAGCAUAAAAUGUGACAGAUAGCAGAAGGUUUUUUUUUUCCUCCAGAGACAUCUCUCCAACAGAGCAGAAUCUUCAGGUCGGAGUUGCGUGAAGCAACGGGCAUCAUCUUCCUAAUUUUCCGUUGAAGCCAAAGAGGCAGGAUCCAGGAUGGUUUAAAGAAUCGUGUCAGUGUAAACAUGGGAAAUAAAUGAUGAGGAAAGGAUGUAUGUAUUUCUAUUGAAUACCUCCUAGAUUGAAUAGACCCGGAGGCAGGCCAUAAAUCCUCCAGCACCUGUUUAGCCUGUUUAGGCUUGCUUUCUGAAUGGAAGUCAGUUUUGUGAAGAGACAAGAGUUAUAUCCAGCCGUCCCUUUUCCUCCAGCUUCCACAACCUGCGCUCUUGUGUGGAUUUCAGCAUUCAAAACAGCAAAACAGGACGAGUCAUCAUGUCAUCUGGGUCUUUUACUAAGAGCCUACAACCUAUUUUGAUCACUACCAUUAUACUAGGGAUUCUUAUGACUGUGUUUUUUGUGUAUUAUAAGCCAUCUACAAGCUGGUUAUAUAGUGCGACAGAGCCAGAGGUUCCAAAAGAUGAGGUCAGGAGCACCGUCUCCACUAAGAGCAGUAAAAAUGUGACGACAUUGCUGGUCUGGUUUUGGCCCUUUGGAAGCAAAUAUGACCUGACCGUGUGCAGCUCGGCCUUCAACAUCGAGGGCUGCUUCAUCACAGCAGACAGAACAUUCUACAAUCAGUCAGAUGGGCUGCUCAUCCAUUACCGGGACGUCAGCGGCGACUUGUCCAACCUGCCGAAGCUCGAGCGACCGCCAUUCCAGAAGUGGAUAUGGAUGAACCUGGAGUCACCGACCCAUUCAUGGACACAUCCUGGGGUCGAGAACCUAUUCAAUUUGACUCUCAAUUACCGUCGGGAUGCUGAUAUUAACGUUCCUUAUGGAUCCAUUUUAGCAGCGAAGACCAAGGAGGACUUUGUACCACCGAGCAAAGACAAGCUGGUCUGCUGGAUUGUGAGCAACUGGGACCCAAACCAUGUGAGGGUGAAAUACUAUAAUGAACUUAAAAAUCACAUUGAGAUCCACACAUAUGGAAACGCCUUUAAUCACCGUCUUUCUGAUCAAGACUUCCUUCCGACAAUAAGAAGCUGUAAGUUUUAUUUGUCCUUCGAGAACUCGAUCCACAAGGAUUACAUCACUGAGAAACUGUACAACCCGCUCUCUGUGGGCACAGUGCCGGUGGUUCUCGGCCCACCGAGGAAGAACUAUGAGAACUUUGUUCCAGGAGAUGCUUUUAUCCACAUAAAUGACUUUGCUUCAGCCAAAGAGCUGGCCGAGUACCUGCUGCAGCUGGACAAGAACGAGGAAAUGUAUCUCAAGUACUUCAAGUGGCGGCGGCACUUUAGAGCAAAGACAGUCCAGUUCUGGGCCGAGCACACGUGCAAGGCUUGUGAUUAUCUAAAAAGGCACUCAGAGUACCAGGUAUUCAAAGGCCUUGACAAGUGGUACUGGGGCUAGAUUUCCUUCUUUUACCUUGUCACCUCUUCAUGAAAUACAAAACAGACAUAAAAAAAAGUGGCUGCUCGAGAGCAAGACAAGCAAAUAAGAGAAGGAUUUUAAGUAAUGCUGGAUUUAACUGAGGCAAUCUCUGGAAUGUGAAUGCUCUUUUAAAGAAUUUAAAGAAUUUGUCCUUUGAUUAAUUUUGCACAUCUUAAAAUGACAGCUAGAUGCCCUGAAAACUGGAAUAUGAGGGUUGAAGACAGUUUGAACCAUUGAAAGUCUGGGAAAACACGACAUAUGUUCUCAAAGGACAAAUAAUGACGGGCAAAAGUCAUCUCCUUAUAUGUGUGCAUCAAGAUCAUCAGAGGUAGCACUCAUGCUGUAUGCGUAUAGCAUUCACUUGGGAAAAAAAAAGAAAAAGCUCUGUUUUUGCGUGACACCCCCCCCCUUUAAUGGAAGCCAACAUGACCAACUUGUUUAGUUUUAUCAAGUUUUCCUUUAAUCUGGGUUUAAGACACUGGGAGAUAGUCCUGUCUCUAAGCCAUAUAGAUGGUAUUACCAUUAGUUUGUCGACUUUAUGCAGAAACCUAAGGACUAUGCCGUUGUUCAGACGGAAAGCCAUUUCAGAUCUCCUCUACAUAACAAUGUUUCUCCAGGAGCAGUUGAACAUAUCUGAUCCAUGGAUACAAGAUGAUGAAUGCAUUCCGGCUGGCUUUGAGGUGGCCCAAGAGACGAUCAGGAGACUGCUGAAAAUAUUGGAUCUGCAAGGUGUGCAGCUGAGGAGACGGAAUCGCCUUCGAAGGCGUAUGGGCGGAAAACAUUACCUGGAAAAAUAGAAGAAAUUAUAUUUAAAACAUGGUGGAAAAAAAUACCUCAAAAAACAGAAACAAUUAUUCAUAAAAGCAGGGCGGAAAAAAUUACGCCGAAAAGCAAAGCUUUUUUUUUUUUUCCAAGUGAAUGCAUUACGCUUCCAUAAUUCAUGGAAAUACUGUAGACAUAUUUUAAAACAUAAACAGUACAUAGACAAAUAAAUGUAAAAGGAAAUGAAAGUGCCUUUAAAAGUUUUUUUUUCUCUUAUAUUUAUAUUUUCAUAUUCUGGUGUCUGGGCAAUGAAAAAAAAAUCAUUAACUAACAAAGUUAGUCCGAAUUUUUUUAUGUUUUUUGUUUUUCCUUCCAUUAUUAAUCAUUUUGGGAUUUUUUUUUCAUUUCAUUUUUUUUUCUGAGGUUCUAACCCUAUGUAUAUGAUCUUGCUGAGAUGGCUGAGCCAAAAUGCAAUAGAGAUUUGUGUGAAGCCCUGUGACUUUAGGCACUUUGUGCUAUCAUAGAUGAAGUUAUCAUGAGUAGGGAAUUUCAAAGAGAGAGAGGGGGGGACAAUCUAGCUACGGGUGGAAUACCAGACAUAUACUAAAAAGCAAGCAAAUAAUGUAGUAAAGUUUCACAUCAGUGUAUUUGAAUAAAUACAUUUAACAAUAACAGCAUUAUAAUGAUGAUUUGCAGUGUUUUAUUUUUUGUAGCUCUUGAGCUACAAAGCUCUGGAAGUCAUCAUUGCUGCAGAUGAGGGCCAGUUCAGUUUUCAACUUGUUCUUGUUCAGCAGACGAUAAACUUCCAUGGUGUGUUCAGUGCACUGAUCAGAUUUUUGGUGAAGGAGAAACGGUCUUGUGCAUGGCCUAAGAUUAAGCAUUUUGUUAUUAAUCUGGUGUAAUGCUCCAUGCAGUGCCAAAUGAAUAUGCUGCAUGUAAUUUACUGUCCGUAUACUUCACGUAACUGUGACUGUUCAGGGAUCGUGGUCUCUUUAAAUGGUGUGAUGACACUGAGCUCCAUGCGGGUUGGAUUGCUGAACAGCGCCAUUUUUGUUUAGAGUUCCUCUCUUGCAAUUGCAAUAAAUGAGAUAUGCUUUUGUGUGAUCAACAUGUGAAAUUGUCUACUCGAUUUUCUGAAAUUUCCACAAAUGGAUAAGUUUAAUAGAAUAUGGAAAUAGGUAUAAGUCAGCUUUGGCAUUGGUAUUAUGAAUUAAUAUAUAAAAACAAAUUAUCUGAUGUAUUAUGUGUUCAUUACAUUUAAGGGCAAGUGUAAAUUAACGUAGCACCUCUAUAAAAGUAGCCUAUUAUAUUAUACAUGGUCUAUUCUAAGGUGUGUACUUUUCUGCACAAUACACAACUACGAUUAAAAACAUUGUAAAAGACCAACAGCACACAUUUAGCUUCUAUGACACAGCCGUAGUGGGCCUCAUCUCCAACAACGAUGAGUCUGCUUACUAGACUGAGAUUAAACAUCUCGUGGAGCUGAUAGUGGACUUUGGCAGGAACCAGGGGAACCUCCUCCUGGUCCUGUCAUAUUAACACCUCGGUGAAGAAAGGCCCCCAGCAUCUUUACUUCCUAACUGAGGGACUUCCAACGCCCACUCAGGGCACUUACGAACUUCUACACUGGCACUAUAGAGAGUGUCCUGAGUGGGAGCAUCACUAACUGGAGGGGGAACGUCGCCAAAAGGACCAGCUGGCUCUCAGGAGGGUGGUUCGCUCUGCUGAGAGGACCAUCAGGCCCACCCUCCCAAACCUGCAGGAUAUUUAUUCCAACUGCUGCAGGAUAUUUAUUCCAACUGCUGCAGGAUAUUUAUUCCAACUGCUGCAGGAUAUUUAUUCCAACUGCUGCAGGAUAUUUAUUCCAACUGCUGCAGGGCCAGAGCCAGGAAGAUCAGCAGCAACCCCAGCCACCCAAACAAUGGACUGUUAUCCUUGCUACCUUCAGGGAGACGGUACAAACAGCUGAGGGUCAAAGCAGACAGGAUUAGAAGGAGUUUCUUUCCUCGGGCCACCAGCCUGUUGAACUCCACGUAACAUACACAUACUGUACAUCUCUUUGCACUACUACACUUUGCCAUUUUGCCAUUUAACAUUGACUCUUUCCUUAGUACUUGCACCCAGUUUAUUGCACUGUAUGCACCUAUUUCUACCUUUUCUAUUGCUUUUGAAUGUUCUUUACGUUUUUACUCAUUUUUUUUUAAUCGUUUGAUUUGAACUAAGGUACAUAAGAAUUUCACUGUAAUUACUUGAAAUUAUAUG